AUGCGUUUCGGAAAGGCCAUUACACGGAGUGCCUUUACAGCAGCCUAUGCCGUAGCGCAGUACGAAGAGAUGAUCCCCAACAGCUUCACCGACGAGGAGAUAGGCAUAGAAUUCGCAAGCUGGUCCGUCUUCACCGCAGCCAGCAGGAUCGAGAAGUUCCCGAUGGUCAUGACCCUCCCUGCCGACGCGCUGGAAAGAGAAGCGACCGAAUACGUUGGCUACCUCCUAACUCUGCACCAAAGCCAGCCAAGAAGAAACAGGUUGUUGCGGUUUCGCCGCACGCAGGGCCACACGACGACGGACCUGUUGGUGACGGCGUGGCCACACAAGGGCCAGGUGCUGACGUCGUUCCGCUACACGACGGGCUACCACAUGCCGUCGCCGGACUCUGACGGCAGCGCGACGCUGAUGCAGAUCCGGGUCGCGCGCGCUGGCGGCGAGGACGAGUCGGUCAACACGAGCAGCCCGGACCACUGCGCCAUCUUUGGGUGCGCCCAGUCGUCCGCCGGUCCCGAGAGCCUGGCCUGCCCGGCUAGGUUGACGUUUGCGCUUUAUGGUAGCGGGUUCGUGCAGUGA